UGGAGGAUAACUUUCACUUUGGAUGUCUGGGUUUGGGUCUAACUAUACCAUACUAAUAGGGAAUAUACAUUGUGAGAAUUGUGGCAACUGCGCUAACUUGUGUUAGUUUUAAUAUGCAAAUAACCAUCAAGGAAUACAUAAUUGUCUAAGUUCAAUGUAUAAUAAUCACAGAGGUACGGUUUUUUCUGUCACUUUUAAUUUAAUCAAAAUUUUAAUAUUCGUUUUAAUAUGCAAAUAACCAUCAAGGAAUACAUAAUUGUAUAAGUUCAAUGUAUAAUAAUCACAGAGGUACGUUUUUUUUCUGUCACUUUCAACCUUAGGCUAAAAAUAUUUAGAUACUACAUUGUCAUAAUUUUGACGUUUAUUUGUGUCAGUCGAAAUAAUUUUGAGGUGAAUAUUGUCAUAGAGAGAGCUAAGUUGACACAAUUAUCUCAAUAUAAUACAAUGUAUGUAUUUAUGUAUCUAAAUAUAUACAAUGUAUGUUCCCUAUGUCCAGCUGAACGAUUUACGUACUGUAUAUUAAGAAGCGUUGGUGACAAACUACUACCUCGUUUUAGCUCUUGAGAUGUAUUGGGUAUCCUCCAAUUGUCUUUAGAAGAUAUUUUCUGAAUUUUUCUGCAUUGUUAUAUUAGAUGGUCAGCUUUUCUUGGAGUAAUAUAUUCUUUAAUCAAUUUAAAAAUGGGAAAUGCAAUUUGUAAUGAGGAUAAUUAUGAGAGAUACGUUAAUCAAUUUGGGUCUAUUCGAAGAGAACGAUAUAUUGAUUGCCAAAAUAUCCAGCUUCCUUUAAAUGAACCUUGUGAUAAUUGCAGAAGAAUAAUAAUCUCAGAUUCAAAUAUACCUGAAAUAAUAACAGCAGCAUUUUUAAAUUUUCCCUCCACGGAAGACUUACAACUAUCAGGAAACUUUAUAAAGAACAUACAACCUGGUGCUUUUAGUGGCCUUCAAGCUUUGGAAAAACUUGACCUACACAACAAUCAAAUAGAAAAAAUAAGCGAUGGAAUAUUUAACCAUUUAGUCAAGUUAAAAUCCCUUGAUCUUUCUAGAAAUAAAAUCAGCAGCAUUGUUCCAACUUUUUUAACAGGCGUUACUCACAUAUCUUCACUAAAUCUUGCAGACAAUGCUUUAAAAUCUGUUGAUGAUGUAUUUUUAGGACAAAAUUCUCACUUUAUAAUGGUAAAUUUAAGUAGCAAUGAAAUUUCUUCUUUUAACUUAAACAGAUUUAACAGUAAAAUUAAUACUUUGGAUAUUUCAAAUAAUACGUUAACAUCUGUCAAUGUUUGUUUUCCAGGUUUAAAAAAGCUUGAUGCUAGUAAUAAUCAAAUAAAAUCUUUGCUUUCCGGCACUUGCUCAUUAAACACAGCUCCGCUAAAUUUAAAUAUCAGUUAUAAUUUGCUGAAUGAAGAAAGCAUCAUGAAUGUUUCAAAAUUGUUCAAAUUAGAAAGUUUAAGUGUGGCGGGAAAUAAUCUGUCCUUUAUACCUGUUAACCUAUUUGUUAACUUAACAAAGUUGUCUUAUUUGAACAUGUCACACAAUCAUAUAAGUUACUUGAAUUAUGGAGCACUGGAUCAUUUAAAUUUUUUGCAAAGUUUAGAUCUGUCGUAUAACAAGCUCACGACUCUUAAAAGAUACUUGCACUCAUUGUCGGCACUAAGAUCUUUAUACAUCAAUAACAAUAAAAUCACAGAAAUUAAUAGCAAACAACUAUUGACCGAUAAUAACGGAUUAAACAUCAUAAAUAUAGAUAGUAAUGAUUUCACUUGUGAAAAUUUAGUGGAAGUAAUUCAUGAUUUUAAAAAUAAGGUGUCUAAAGGUACAGCAACUAUAGGAUCAAAUAUUCACGGCAUUGCUUGCAAAGAGGAAACAUUGCCAGAAGCAAAUCCUGAGGUAAAAUUUAAAGAGGAUGUUAUAAAAUAUUUGGAAACAACAAUUUCGGCAAAGCUUGAGAAAUCCGAGAGCCUUCAGUUCGACAGAAGUCUCAUGUAUGACUAUUUUAAUAAAGAUUUUAAAAACAGCAACUUUUAUAAGUAUCUGGAGGGACUGAAAAAUAUUAAUACGUUAAAUUUUAAUGGUACUGACAUGCUAAAGUACUUUAAUCAAGAUUUUAAAAACAGUUUGUUCUAUAAAUAUCUGGAAAGUCUGAAAGCAAACGAAAACUCAACUAGAGAGUUUAACAGAAGUCUUUAUGACUACUUCAACAACGAUUUCAACGGUACUUAUCUAGUUAAAUAUUUGACUAAACUAGAAAAAUCCAAGGGCGACUUCAUUGAUUCUUUUGAAAAUAGCAGCAUGUUUAACUACUUUAAUAAAGGCUUUCAAAAUAGCACAUUUUAUAAGUACUUGGAAAAUUUAAAUUCAAAAUUUGAUAGUAUUCAACAAAAAGAUCAUGGUACUGCUGAAUAUUUUCAUAGUAGUUCAGAACAACAAGGGCACAGUUAUUUUGCUACUCAGUCUGUAAUAAUCAUGUUACUCAUGUUAAUCAUGUUAAUUAUUUUAGUAUUGUUUAAAGUUGUAAAAAUAUAUUCUAAUUACAAUUCGAAAAAUUUGUUAGCUAGAGAACAAGUUGAACUUUUAGAUACAAAUAGUAUAGCGUAAGAAUAAACUGAAAUUACAUUUUUUAGUUUGUAACAUGGAUUAUGUAUUAAAUAAGUCUGGUUAACAUUAAUAAUUGUUAGUUCAAUCCAAAUCAGAGUUAAUAUCCCACCGAUGUGGAAAUUUUAGUAAUUAAUUAGUAAAAUAGCAAAUACAGUAGAACCCCGCAAAUCCGAACUAAUUGGGGAACAGCCUGUUCGGAUUCCGAAAAGUUCGGAUUAUCCGAAAGUUAGCCUAACUAAUAAUUCAAAGCUUUCGUUUUCGUUGAUUUUGAGUCACAAAUCGUUCUCGCAAGAGUGUGGACAAUAUUUUUGGACUAAGUUGUCUGCAAGGAAGUAAGUUUAUAUUUAACAUUUAUAAGCACUACGUUUACGUAGUUUACGCACUUACGUUUACGAACAUGUAAACCGAAUGGAACCAGAUAGAUUAGCGAACAUCUGUAAAAACAACAAGCCGUAUAGCAGAAGACCCGUUGGAAAGCCGCCGAAAAGGUGGAAAGACAAUGUACAGUCAACAACAACUGAAACAGAAUAAGAGGCAGACAAACCGGAGUAAACCUAGUCGCACGAAGAAGAAGAAGAAUAAGAAGUUUACGUAUAAAGUAUUUACGUAUUAUUUUUAAGAAAUAUUAAAUGUCAACAUCCUAUUAAUCCUACAUUGUUUAAUUUUCUGGUUUUACUCUGUACCUAUAAUAAACAUGUUUUUAAGUUUUUGUCGUGAAUUUUUUAUUUUUUUUCACUUUCUGUUGGUUCGGAUUUGCCGAAAGUUCGGAUUAGCGGGGUUCAGAUUUGCGGGGUUCUACUGUAGCCAAACAAAUUUUUAAUAAUAUUAUAAAUUAAUAUUCAUUGUCAGUGGCAUUAUCUUCUCAUUAUGAGCCGAAGCCUUAUUCAGAACAAUUUUCCAUUGACCUCUGUGAUUCAGUGGUGAUAAAAAUGUCGGUUUGACUGUAACGCGCGCGGUUGUUGAAUUUGUGAAAUAAAUUGUAUAAUAAUUAAUUAGAUAAAUGUUGUGUUAGUUUUUAGUAUAUGGUUAGUGGCUUAUAAAUUCUUGUCAAUAAUAAAUAAAAUAUAAAUUAA